UUUUUAUGCUAAUAGUUUAUCUUAAUCCCUAUUUUAGGGAUUGACGCAGUAUUGUAUGGUGGCGCACAGGUUAUAUGCAGCCUGAAUAACCCUUGUGUAGUCGAAAGGGCUUCAAACAGAAUAAAGAAAGGAAGUGUGGCAUUGUGUGGGUGUGUGGUUGGGAGAGCUGGAUACAAGCUCAGCCAUAUGAGUGAGUGCAGGCACAGCACACACACACCGUCAUGGCUCAACACAUAAGUUACUUCUCACCAGGACCUGCAAAAAUACCAGACGAGGUGCUUGCACAGGUGCAAGAACAACUGAUAAACUUCGAUACCACUGGCGUAAGCAUCAUGGAACUUUCUCACCGAUCUAAGGAUUUUGCAAAGUUCAUGGAUAAAACCGAGGCUGUUGUCAGAGAUUUGCUGUGUGUACCAGACAACUAUCGUGUGCUCUUCAUGCAAGGUGGCGGAUCAGGACAGUUUGCUGCAGUCCCUCUCAACCUCAUCUCCAGGACGGGCAAAGCAGAUUACAUAGUUACCGGGUCGUGGUCAUCCAAGGCAGCGAAGGAGGCUGCCAAGUACGGGAAAGUCAACUAUGUGGUGGCCAAGACUGAGCGCUACACUGGUGUCCCUGACAGGUCCAGUUGGACCUUUGACCCUGAUGCCUCUUACGUCUAUUAUUGUGCCAACGAGACCAUUGAAGGUGUGGAAUUCCAUGACGUGCCCGAGGUGCCCAAGGGAGUGCCCCUUGUAUGUGAUAUGUCUUCAAAUUACUUCAGCAAGCCUGUUGAUGUGUCUAAGUAUGGACUUAUUUAUGGAGGAGCUCAGAAAAACAUAGGCUGUGCAGGUGUAACACUUGUUAUUAUCAGGGAAGAUCUAUUGGGAAAGCCACAACCUAUAUGCCCAACUAUUUUGGAUUACACCAUUAUGUCAAAGAAUAAAUCGCUCUACAAUACUCCACCUUCAUUUGCAAUUCAUGUGCUUGGAGAGGUGUUAGCUUGGGUGAAAAAGGAAGGUGGCAUGGCGGAGAUGGAGAGACGAUCAGUACAAAAGAGCAAAAUGAUCUAUACCAUCAUAGACAACUCUAGUGGCUUCUACAGUAACAACAUACAGCCUAGCAGUAGAUCCUACAUGAAUGUGGUGUUCCGUGUAGGUGAAGGUGGUGGUAAUGAGGAGCUAGAGAAGAAGUUCUUGGAGAAGGCAGCCCACCAAGGUCUUCUCUCACUCAAGGGCCACAGAUCCGUGGGUGGGAUCCGCGCAUCUCUGUACAAUGCCAUCACCAUUGAUGACACUCAACGGCUGGCAAACUUCAUGAAGAACUUCAGGGAGGAGAACAAAAUCUAACACUGUUUAGUUUUCUUGUAUAUUUCUGAGUACUGUAUUUGCUCAUACUAUAUAAAAAAUUUCAAAUGUAUGCUUUUUACCUUUAUAUUUGUAGGGUUCAUGCAAUUGGUGCAAACUAUUUACAACUAUUUUGUUUUUAGACUGGAGUGCAGAAACCCUGGACAGUCCUAGGGAUGGGUGAUAAGGAGGAGAUGGAGGGAAGGGUGUACGAAUCAAGGAUAAAAAGGAAGAGAAAGAGUAAAAGUAUGGAAAAUGAAGAGAAAAGAUGACAGGACUAUUAUGAGACAUUAAACCUGUGAACACAGAGGUUGUUGAAGAAUGUCUUUACUUUUCUUGGUAUAAAUGCCAAGGGUAUGCUGAAGUAUCAGUAUCAGUAUCAGUGGGUAUCAGCCCAAAACUGGGUAUAGGCAAAAUUUUUGGUAUUGUCCUAUCCUUGAUAAAGGCAUCAUUGCCAUUUCAUCAUUUAUUGAAGUACAGCAUGUAUUUACAUGAAAGUUUUUGCAUUAAUUGUUAAUGCUUAUAUUCUCUUGGUACAGCCUCCAGAGAAGGGGUAAGAGGGGUAGAAUGAAAGGAGUGGAGGAUGGGAAAGGUAAGGAAUGAAAUGAAUGGAGGGCAGGAGGGGUGAGGAAGAGGAAAAAUGAAGAAAAGGAGGCAAUAAAAGGUGUGAAUGGUAAAUGAUAAAUAUUUUGUUGGGAAAAUUUGAAAAACAGAACUAAAAUAAACAAUAUAAUUAUCUUAAAUAAAAAAAGAAAUAAAAGUAUAAUUACUACUGUUGACUGGUGUAAAAUUAUCAGAAAUUUUAUAGGUUUAUAAAAAACAUAUUUGUAUAAAGGCUGGUUAUAAAUUUAAUCUGUAGACAUGAUAUUUUUUACAUAAUUAUGGCUGAAGUAUCAUUUUAAAAAUAAAAGUUAUAUUAG